AUGAAUGAAAAUUUAGAAAAUACAUCCGAAAGGUAUCAGAAGUUGCUUUUAUCUGCUUCCUUAAAGAGAGAAGCAAAAGAAAAUGAAGAAAUUAAUAAUGUUAAAAAACAGACCCCUGGAAACAAUGAAAAUAAUGAUUUUAUUAUAUAUAUUGAAUUCAAAUUUGAGAAUUUAAUUCUUUCGAGAUAUUUGUUUGAUAUAAGGGACGAGCUGGGUACACCCAUAAGGAACAGUGUACAGAUAACAAGGUUCAUCAUUAUGAGAAGUGAAAACCAUAUUAUGGGAACGUGUGUGUCAAACAGAAUCAUCCUUUGUUAUAGGAACGACAAGGAAAGCAAUGGCAUUUUAGAAAAGUUAAAAGAAGAAUUAAAGAGGAGCUAUUCUAUAUGUUUAACAUUAGAGAAUAAUAUAGAGGAUAACAAAAAAGAAAUAGAAAAAUAUUUAUUAUCAUAUAUUAUUCAAUUUACCUUAGUAUGUAAGUAUGUGGAAUGUGGUAAAUGGGUUCAUAUCUGGGAUAAUAUGGACACAAUAAUUGAAUCUAAAUUUUGUGGAAAUAAUACAAGUAAAUAUUUUAAUUGUAUAGGUUUUAAAUUUCAUAUAUUAAAUAUGGAACACAGCAUAAUCAAUCAAAAAAAGAACUAUGAACACAUUGUUAAGGUGCAUUUAAAGGUCAUUAUAAAUAUAUAUAAAGUACUACCUGUAGGGGAAAAUAAUAUGUGUGAAAAUAUGUACGUGUAUUGCUUACCACGGUGCUCUAUGAGAGCAACGAUUUUAGAUGUUUUUGAUUCAAGAAAAGAUGAGAAAAAAUUUAAUUAUAAAAAUUAUUGGCUUAAUGUACAUGGAUAUGUAUUAAACGAGAAUUCUGUAAAAAAAAUAAUUAAAGUGAAACUGUACAAAGGUGUAUUUAAUUACCCACAGGGAGUGUUACUGAGAGAUAAUAUAUACAAAUUAAAUAUGAGAAUAAAGAAGGAACAUUUUUUUUAUAUUUGUAAUUUUGUAAAUUCUUUUGAAUUAUUAAAAAAGUCACAAUUACAGCUAUUGAAAUAUUCUGAUUUUUUCCAAGUUGAAAAUAUAUAUGACGAUUUGUUAUUGUCCAAAAAUAAGAAAAAAUUAAAAAAUGAACAAGAUGAAGAAGAAGAAAAAGAAAAAGAAGAAGAUUCCGACUUUUACAAAAAACUAAAUCUAAUUUGUAACAAUGAAUAUGAAGGAAAUAAAAUUGCUCAAGAAAUUUCCCAUUCCAAUAAACAACAAAAUGUGUAUGAAAAUUCAUACAAUUUAUAUGGAAAUACAUUAACAAAUUUGGGAGGAAUGUCUAUAAAUUUGAAUUUUUCAAAAAAUAUAAAAAUUAAUAAAAAUGAUCAAAAAUCCUCUGGUAGCACUACACAGUCGUAUCAUUAUACAAAAAAUGAUUUAGUAGAUGCCUUUCUAAAUGAAUCAGCUUUGGCUUAUCAGAGCCGUGGUUCCUAUAUGAAUAAGGAACAAGAAAAGGAGAACCCGCAUCAAUAUGAUUAUAACGACAUACAACAAGAACCGUGUCACUUAUCCAAUCCCGAACUAAAUGAAUGUGCACCAAAUGAAUCACCAUUUGAAAGAAGCAAACCCAUUACUAGAAUUGAUAUUGCCAAAAAAAAGAGUAAUACACUACAAAUACAUGAAAAUGUUAGUAAAACAAAACAAACUGGAACAACAGUAGUACACACGCGUGAUAACAACCUUAACAUUCCAUUCGAGAAGCAUAGUAGACGACAUGAUGAAAUUUAUAAGGAGAAUCAAAAUAAAAACAAAGAAUUAGACAACCACUUACAUAGCAUUGCAAAGAAUUAUAAUUCAAUACCAGGAAAUAAUUCAGAACAUAUGACAAAUGUUAACAUGUUCGAAAAUGUAAAUGCACAAAUAAUAUUUUCAAAAGAAUUUCAAAAUUUUCUGGACAAUCUAGACGAGGUUGCACUAUACCAACAAGAACCAUUAGAAAGGCUAAAUUUUGACCAAAGAGAAAAGAAACGGCCCAAUUUCCUUAUGAACAAUCCACAAACCAGUGAAACUUCUGAACACAUACAUUCAAAAACGAAACACACUUGA